GUCAAUGGCGCAGGUGUCGGUGCUGUUUGGACAAGCCGUGCGUGGUAUGAGCGCGGGUAACCGGGUGUUUGAGUACAUGAAACUUCACCCCAGUAUCCCAGUGCGAGGUGGUGCUACUAUCAGUGCGGACAGCCUGCAUGGUGAUCUGAGACUGGAGAAUGUCAAGUUCAUCUAUCCAACCCGACCUGAACAGGUUGUGCUGGAUGAUCUCAGUUUGCAUAUACCGGCCGGCAAGACAGUGGCGCUGUGUGGUCCGUCGGGAGGAGGCAAGACGACGAUAGCGGCGCUUAUCGAGCGUUUCUACGACCCCGUUCACGGCGCGGUGACGCUGGACGGCGUGGACAUACGCACCCUAGACCCUUGCUGGCUGCGUACCAACGUGCUGGGUUACAUCAAUCAGGAACCGGUCCUCUUUGCAACGUCGGUCAUGGAAAACAUACGCUAUGGAAGACCCGGAGCAAGUGAUGAAGAGGUGAUCAGUGCGGCGAAAUCUGCGAAUGUCGACGGGUUUGUCAGGAGUUUUCCCAAUGGUUACGACACUCUACUUGGUGAGCGUGGAAUGACCGUAUCCGGUGGACAGAGGCAGCGGAUUGCGAUUGCCCGGGCUCUGUUGAAGAACCCGAAAGUGCUACUGCUGGACGAAGCAACAAGUGCACUGGAUGCGGAGUCUGAGCAUGUUGUCCAAGAAGCUCUGAACAAGCUGUGCGAAGGUCGGACCGUCAUUGUGAUUGCACAUCGUCUCAGUACCAUCCGCAACGCAGACACAAUUGGUGUUCUUGUCAAGGGUCGUAUCGUGGAGCAAGGCUCGCAUGCACGGCUGGUCUCACGCAAGAACGGCGUAUACGCUGACCUAAUUCGACGCCAGGCGUCCGGCUCAUCCCCAAGUGCUGCAUAGUGAAAUCUCCGAGCGGCGCGCAACUCUCGUUAGAAAACAUUCGCGACGAUGGCGUUCUGCACUGCACGAGUGCUGUGUGUCAGAAUUCUAGCUGUGCGUGGUAUUGUGUGUGUUUGGGAUCACCGUCCCAUCGUUGUCUUGUUACCACCAGCACCGCUGCAUUAUCUUAAUGCCUCCACCACCAUCGUUGAAUCAUCUUGACAACACCACCACCUCUGCAUCAUGUUGACAUCUCACUGUGGGAGCAUGGAGAUACUGCACGUCGGUAUGACUGUGAACAGGUCAGUGAGUCCAUAUCGUGAUGGUGCAAUCACCACUGGAGAUGUUCCUUGCUAGGAAAGAUGCUGGUCUCGCCCGCAUGCACUGAUGUAUCUUUGCGAUGCUGGUGACUGUUGUGGCUCGGAGUCACGGCUAAGCCCGCAUACCGAUCAUCAUGCGUCUGUAUGUUAUACGCAAGUCUCUGCGUGUGUGACAAGAUUCCGCCGACGGGCAGUUUGUGAGUAGUACGGCCGACGAUCAGUAGCUAUUGCUGUGAACUGCAGUGCUUGUAAUAGCGAAUACGGAACUCUCUGCGUGUGUAACAAGAUGCCGCUGGUCGCCAACACCCCAUAGCCAUUGCCAUGAUCUGCUGUCCCUAGCCGGUCGGCAACUAUCACCGUAUGAGUCUUGCCGUCAUCUACGUUUGUGCACGUCAGAUAACUUGCCAUGGCUUGAUUGUAGGGUAUUUGUGUGUUUGGAGUUCACCAUUCGGCUCCCCAUGCGUUUGCUCAUGCCCGUGCGCUGGCUUGGCUAUAGUACUACGCCCAGGUGCGUGCAGGUUUUCAGGUUUUCUCGCUGGCCUGAGACUUUAGCACCACAAACAUAGCUUACCCCUUGCGGUGCUGUGGAGUGCUGGUAUCUAGUCCUGGAUAUGCAUACAAGCUCCGUUCAAUGACCCCCCCCCCCCCCCCAGACACACACACACGCACACACACGCUCCGUUCA